AUGGCGGGUGUUGGGGAAGAAGCAGGAGAGUAUGAGAGUGAUCCGGAGGAGGCAAAGCUGUCGCUGAAGAUGCGGAGGAGGGAAGCGAGUGAUGAAGAGGAGGAGGAGGAGGAGGAAGAGGAGGGUGAUGGGGAGGAGAGAGAAAGGAGAGAGAAGCUUCCUAGGAGGGUCGAUUCGGAGGGUGAAUCGGAUGGGCAAGGUGCCGCGGCAGUGUACGAUGAUGAUGACGAAGAAUUAAAUACGGAGGAAGAAGAGGAAGGGACUGCGGAGGAGGAAGAGGGGGAGUAUGAGGAGACAGAAGGCGAGGUUGGUGGAGAGGAUGGUCAAGUAGCGGAGGCGGUGGCAGAGAGAGCGGUGGAGGUGGAGAAAGAGGUAAGUGGGGAUGGAGAUAGUAGAGCUGUUGGAGAUGUUCUGGAGGUUCAGCAGGAGGUAAAUAGGAGUGAUCAAGUAGAUGAGGAGAAGAAAGAGAAUGAGCCGUUUGCGGUGCCAACGGCUGGUGCUUUCUAUAUGCAUGAUGAUCGUUUUCGGGAGUAUGUUGGCGGGCGACACAGGCGAACACGUGGUGGAAGGAAGCUGUGGGAGUCAAAAGAUGACAGCAAAUGGGGUCACGACAAGUUUGAGGAGUUGACUACACAGGAAAGGCAUUAUGAAGAGGGUAGGGCUUCUAGGGGCCGCUAUCGAGGUCGUGGUAAAAACCAAAGUGUGGACCGUGGAUAUCCACAAGGGAAUAGGCCUAAAGCAUAUGGCAACAACAUUCAGAACAAUGCACCUAAGGGUGUGAGAGGGAGAGGCCCAAGAAGGUAUCAACCCUCUUCAAAGACCAGCGUUGAGGCACCUCCAACACCAAACAAGCAAUUCGGAAAGUCAGCUGGGAAAACUGUACAUGCCAGUUCAGGUAGAAUAUCUGCACCUGCAUCGAGUGUGGAAUCUGAUCCAAUCCUAGCCAGGAAACAUGGAUUUGGGUCAAGCUUGAGCUCUGCUUCUCCUCCAUUUUAUCCAUCUAGCUCUUCCAGCAAAGAAAUUAGCUUGUCACAGAAAAGGGAUGCACAAGUUGGAACAAUUCGGCGUAAUGUUCGGCCCUCUGUUAUGGACGAGAGUUAUUCUAUGUCACAGCCCAAUGCUGUUCUGCGAGGAAAGAAUGUAGUAGAUUCUAUUGGCAUGGACAAGCUUUAUAUUGAUGAAUCAAAUUCUUCAGUUGCUGGGAAGCCUUUGACCAAUUUGCAAUUUCCUCCUUACGCAUUGUCAUCAAUCAAUCCUACUUUAUCUCCUCAGGUGCAAGUUCAGGGGAGAGGUCUAACUCCCUUGGGUCAGAUGACCCAGCAACCAACAGCACCUCAAAAACAAGUCAACAAAGUUUCUUCGUCAACGCAACUCCAUUCUAUUCAGCGACAUCCUGGUCAAGACCGGAUUCAGCAUUCUUUACAAGCUUCUGGUCAGCAGUGGGCUCAGAGUCCUGGUAGAGUAUCUCAAGCUUCAUCUCCACCGAAAGAAGCUCCAUCCAUUAAUUCACUUGAAUCUGGAGAACUUGAAUCUCCUCCAGAAUCAAGUAAAUCCAAAACUGCAUUGGUUGGAAAUGGAAAAGGCAGUGUUCAAGGUAGCGGAAGGGGUUCUUUUCUGUAUGGUGGGGCUCAGGUUAUGGGAACUUCUGGAAACAUGGGUGCUGGGCAUGGUGAUCAAAAUUUCCCCGGAACUCCAGCCUUUUUGCAAGUUAUGCAAUUCGGGGGGCAGCAUCCCGGUGGUGUUGGAGUUCCUGCUGUUGGCAUGGCUUUCCCUGGAUAUGUUGCUCAACCACAACUUGGUUUAGGGAAUUCAGAGAUGACAUGGUUACCGGUUUUAGCUGGUGCUGCAGGAGCACUGGGGGCAUCAUAUUGUCCACCAUAUAUUGCUGUUGAUGGUGCUUAUCAUACUCGUCCAUCAGGACAGUCAUCUUCUUUGGCUGCUUCUUCAAGCAAAGAAAAUAACACAAAUAAACCCAGUAAUGAAUGGCAGCCUUCACAGAGAUCCGAGCUUCCAAAUGAUGAGUUUGGGCAUCGGCAAAAUAAACUUCGCAGAUAUACAGAGAUGAAGUUUGAUUAGUGAAGCAAUUAGAUAUAUUGGGCAAUUUGAAUAAGCAGAUAAAGGUCAAAUUUUCCCAAUUUAUCUCCUGGCAUCUCCAAGUGUUGCAAAUCCCUGAUGGUACUUUGGUGCUGCAGGUCUUCUUCCAGGCCCCUUGUGGUCUCCAGUAUCUAUUCUGGAUCACUUUGGGCUGCCAUUUAUUCCAUGAUAUCUUAGGUGUACGUGACAAAUGCCUGCUCAUGCUGCAUCAUUUAAGGAGAAACGAACAUUUCAGUUUGACGGGUGGCAGUUCUUUAUUCGAAGGUUUCUUACGGCUUGGUUUUUUCUCCCCAUUAAACUUGCUGAUUGUUGGGUUUCAAGACAUUUAUGAAAAUAAUGGAAAAGAACAAGAAGUAUUGUGCAGAAGAUAUUUUUUUUCGUACACUUGUCGCGUGGUGUUUCUUGGGUUUUACCUCUUUGUCAGUGGCCUUACAGUUGGUCGCUAUGCUGGUUGAGGGUCUUUUCUAGCAUUCUGUUUAUUGCUUGCUAGGUAUUGCUGGGUACUGUUCCAAAGGACUCCAGUUGUUAUUUCGUGUUUUGUGUACCAAAUGGCAAACUUGCGCUAUGAUGUUUUCUAGUAAAUGAAAUGUUGAGAUUAUGGUGUAUUAAAGGUGUGCCUCAUUUUGACAAUGUUGUUUGCUCAUG